GGGACCCCUUGCUCUUUCCCUUAUUCUUGCUUAACCUAAAAACCUUUAGAAGAGCCACAGAACACAGAAGGAAAUCAGAGACGAGAAACAGAGAGAAGAAAAGAGGAGAAAGAAGUGAAGAAGAGAGCGGAUAUCGAGGGUUUUCUCUUUUGGCUCUUGCCCUUCUUCUUCUCUUUGUUGCAGCUUUGGAGACUUUGGAUCUCGCCUACGGUGGCGAAUCUGGGCAGCGACGGGGAGUCGCGGACCGCGCGCCUCCACUCGUUCUUCUCUUUGGUUCUGUCAAGCCUCUUCCGGCAGAGCCAGGAACGAGGAGGAGGGGAACAAACCAUGGCAUCGACGCACGUAGUUCCUCAGCAGCAGAGAGGUGAUGUUCCUAUUCCCAUUGCCAAACAGAAAGCAGCAGCCGGAGGAGACGGAAAGAUCCGUCGAGCAUUAGGAGACAUUGGCAAUCUUGUAACGGUCCGGGGUGUUGAGGGGAAACUACAGCCUCAGAUCUCUCGCCCUGUGGCUAGAAUUUCGGGUGCUCAGAUUCUGGCAAAUGCACAAUUAGCUGCUAUUGCCACUGCUGAUAAGAAGACAGUGGUUGUAGCUGCUGAUGCAGCAGUGGGAAAGGGCUGUGCAAAGGCUGUCAAGCCAAAAGUUACUGUUAAGCCCAAGCCUGAGGAAAUUAUCGAAAUCAGUCCUGACACAGAUGAAGAACAGAGGCAUGUUAACCAGCAAAAUUUUAGGAAGACCUCUUCAAGGAAGAAAGUCCACACUUUCAGUUCAGUACUGACUGCACGAAGCAAGGCUGCUCUUGGGAUUAUUGAUAAACCGAAAGAUCUGGUUCAUGAUAUCGAUGCUGUGGAUGCCAACGAUCAGUUAGCUGUUGUGGAUUAUGUAGAAGAUAUCUACAAGUUUUACAAACUUGCUGAGAACUCUAGACGACCAAAUGACUACAUGGACUCCCAGGUUGAGAUCAAUGCAAAGAUAAGAGCUAUUCUGGCUGACUGGUUGAUUGAAGUACACCAUAAGUUUGAGCUGAUGCCUGAGACCCUCUAUCUCGCAUUUUACAUAAUUGAUCGGUACCUAUCGAUGGAAACAGUCCGAAGGAGGGAGUUGCAGCUUGUGGGUGUGAGUGCAAUGCUCAUUGCCUGCAAGUAUGAGGAGAUAUGGGCUCCAGAGGUCAGCGACUUCAUAUGCAUAUCGGACAGUGCAUAUAGCAGAGAGCAGAUAUUGAGCAAGGAGAAAGUAAUUCUGAACAAGCUUGAAUGGAACUUAACUGUUCCCACGCCCUACAUGUUCCUCGUGCGUUUUCUGAAAGCAGCCAUGUUGGAUAAAGAGAUGGAGCACAUGACCUUCUUCUUUGCUGAGUUGGGUUUGAUGCAUUACUCAAUGAUAAUGUACUGCCCAUCCUUGAUUGCUGCUUCUGCUGUCUAUGCGGCACGUUGCACACUCAAGAAGACUCCUUUCUGGAGCAAAACACUCGAGCAUCACACAGGCUUCUCAGAGCCGCAGUUAUUGGAAUGUGCACAGCAUCUAGUAAGCUUUCAUUCCUUGGCAGCAGAGAGUAAGUUGAAAGUGGUGUUUAGGAAGUACUCCAGCCCUCAAUGUGGUGCUGUUGCCUUGCAUCCUCCUGCUACUAAACUGCUCGAUGAGCUAAAGGCAGCUUUGACAUGACUGGAGCCGUUCAACAACUGAGUUGGGUUGGAUUUAACUUCUGACUUGUUUUCAUUUUUAUUUCAUUCUGAAUUUUUCACAACGAUUAUGAAGGGACAUGGAGAGAAAAGGGGCAUUGGCUGAAGGCAGAUCAUCUUAUUGAUGAUAUUAUCUGUCGUUUUGUGCUUUUGGGUCCCCACUCUUUUCUCAGUACUAAUGACAGUGUGUUGAUAUCUCUAAUCUUAUGAGUGAACUGAUGCUUUGCCACGUCUUGUAAUAUCUUAUGUUUUUUUUAUAGUACUAAUUUGUUAGA